AUGACGGGGGACCGACUUUGGGGCGAUGCCUCGGAGGAGGAGCAGCUUAAGGCUGCUUUUGCCGAGUUUGAUGCCUGGACCAAAACCCACCGUAUCCCUCACAGCCAGCCGGCCUUCAAGCUGUCGAACAUGGAUCGCUACCCCUUGUUCCAAUGCAAGGCUUACAAUGGACGAGUGGUGGUUGCAUGGAUGGCCAACAAGUCGGUGCAGCACAUGCAAACAGAAGUUCAGUGGCACCUUGCAAGCUGGUUCAACAUCAGCGAGAAAUGCGAUCGCUACCUGACGAUCGAGGAAGCCAGCAGGCUUCAGCGUGCGUGUGUUUCUUGGCUUCGGAGUGGCUUCUGGUGUGGUUGGUUUGAAAGCUUGAUCGGAAUGCUUCUUACUUUGCAAUUGAGGAUUGCUCUUUGGAUGCCUACCUACAGCUGGCGCACCAAGCCGUGA